AUGAUCGAAGGGAACGGGUUCAAUUCUGCCGAAGCUGGCCCUUCACGUCCUCGGCGCGAUGACAUUCAUUUACCAUUGAAUCAGGGAUUGAAUUCAUUCAAUGUGGAACACUCAUUCUCUCGCGAUGAAGAAGACGUUGAUGAUGACCCAGAUGAAGAGGUCCGAGAGUAUGAGGCUACAGAACUGGAAAAUCUCAUAAUCUCAACUAGACCUGCUCUACCGGUUAAAGGCUCUUCCACGCUCUUCGCACGUCCUCAAUUGUCUGCCCGCCAAUCAUCCAGAAUGAAAUCCCAUCUUCCACUAGCACCACUUGAUCUGUCUUCUGCGCUACAUACUUCAUCUUCGGAGAUAUUCGAUCUUUCUUCUUCUCCCGGAGUAAGAGUGACUACAUAUUCAUCUUUACCUCCUUCACCUAGAGGUGAAUUAGAGUUAGGAUUCGAGUUCACCGUUCCUCCACCUACUCAAAAGAAAGGUCUUGGAAUUAAAGAGCUUGACUCGGUCCUAUCAAGACUCAGUGCUUCUGCUUUUGAAGUGGAAGUAGAUGGUGAAGAUGAAUUUUGGCCUGCAAGAUCAAGACGACCUACUAUAACAGAAAACAAUCUGAGUCAACCACACCAUGAACAAGGAAUCAGGUUAUCUUCUCCUGAACCUACAUCUGAUCCUGAUGAACAUAAGUCGAGUCAACCUCAUCUUGAUUUUAAGGAACUCAGAGGUCUGAAUGAAGAUGGAAAAGUCGAAGUUUCCGGUAUAUGGGAUUUACUUAAAGAUGAGAUGGGUGCUGAAGAAUGGGAUGGUUGGCUGGUGGACGGGAAGUGGGAGAGGAUAGCAAACUUCCUUGCUGUACCGCUAGCAGUAGAAAAGACUACUCUAUUCGGUGCUUUGUUGUGCCUUGAUGGAUUCUUAUACAACUUCACUGUUCUACCUAUCAGGGCUGCUUUUGCCUUGACUCGGAUCAUAUCGAAUGUUAUACGGCGAAAGGAAUGGUGGCCUAUACCUCUCGCUCAUCAACAUUCCAUACUAAGAAUGCUACUGCUUCUUGUUCCGGCGGUAAUCCUACUGGGAGCAACAGAUGCAAGUAAGAUGUAUCACUCGGUAAGAGGACAAGACACAAUCAAGUUAUACGUCAUUUUCAAUGCACUGGAAAUCGCGGACAGGCUUUGUUGUGCUUUCGGACAAGAUGUUCUUGACACACUUUUCGCUCGAGAGACUCUAUCGCCCAGUGUGAGAAAGCGAGGCAAAGGCAGAAAGAGACAACAAGCUAGACCUCUGUUCUUUUUCGCUCUGUCUUUGGGAUACGUCUUGGCCCAUACUCUGAUUUUCUUCUAUAUGCUUGUCUCCCUCAAUGUAGCGAUCAACUCGUAUGAUUAUACCUUGCUAUCGUUGUUGAUAAGUAAUCAAUUUGUUGAGAUCAAAGGAUCUGUAUUCAAGAAGUUUGAAAAAGAGAACCUCUUUCAAAUCAUGUGUGCGGAUAUCGUCGAGCGGUUCCAACUUUCCCUUAUGCUCUCUGUGAUUGCACUUAGAAAUAUGAUCGAGAUGGCUGGAUCAGAGAUCGCAUUCUUACCCAAGAGCUUCAUAAGAGGGAAGAGUCUGGUGGAUUCUAUUCUUUCCCCUGUCUUGUUCGUGAUCGUCUCAGAGAUGGUGGUCGACUGGCUGAAACACGCUUUUAUUACCAAAUUCAACCACGUUCGAGCUUCGGUGUACGAAAGAUUCACCGAUGUUCUCGCUAAGGAUGUGUUAUUGGCUGGAUCUUCGGGCAAUAGCAGAAAUCGGAUGAGAGGACGAAAUCAUCAAGUACUUCUCGAUCAGUCACCUCUGGUAGCUCGGCGUCUCGGUUUUGCUUCAAUACCCUUGGCAUGCUUAGUUCUUCGAGUCUCGGCUCAAGCUAUCGGAAUGUUAUCAACUUCUUCACAUCAUGAAGGGUCCAUCAAGGACUUCUCUGCGGGCGCUUGGGCUUGGACUGUGCUCAAGUGGACUAGUUGGACCGGUGUUGGCCUGUGCGCUUGGGGAUGCCUGGUUUUCCUCAAAGUGAUUUUAGGCUUAGCAUUACUAAGUUUCUCAGCUAUGAGACAAGAAGGAAUGGAUGCUCGCGAAGCUGAAGAUGCAGUGAAUGAUUUCGGUAGAUCAGCAGUUGGGGAAAGCAAAGAAGAAACAGAAUACAACAAGCAGACCGCAAGUUACCUCUCCCAUCCGAAUGAUGAUCUGCCCGCAUAUUCAUCCCCGGGAUCAAUACAUACGCCUGUAACCCCAUUCUCGAUGCCUAAAUCUUCGUUAUUGAAUAGAGCAAAGAGGACGAACGGGACGACCGGCGAUGCAGAAACACUGGCCUCUAACCCUGAAGUCGAGGCAAAAGGCACAACCGAGAACAAGGAGAAAGGGGGAAAGAAAGGUAAGAAGUGGAAGCUGGAAGAAGUAGAGAGAUGGACAAUGGUAAAGCGAAUUUGGUAG